AUGGACAAGAACGUCAAUCAGGCAUCCUGUAACAUCUACAAGCCCUGUAACGGUGAUGGAGACUACCAGGCAUCCUGUAAUGUCUAUGAAACGUGUAAUGAUGAUGAAGAUUACCAGGAGGCCUGUAAGGUCUCCUCAGCCAGGCUGUCAGCAGCAGGGAUGUCCCAUAACGGUGCUACAGGAACCGGUAAAACUGGGAACAGCCCAGGCCAGUCCCAGACAAGGACCUGUUCCAUAGUGAAGACCCUCCCUGUGAUGACCAUCCUUCUAAACAUCAGUCUGCUGGGCACUGUUAUCUUCCUAGUGGUGGCAGUGUCAGACCUAAGGGUGUCAGUUGACCGGCUAGACCAGGAGACAGCCUUAAAUCUGUCAGACCUAAAGUUGUCUGUCAUCCAACUGGACAAAAAGACUGUGAUGUCGACUGCCUAUCUGUCAAACAUCUCUGCAUGGAUACAACAGAUUUGGGGGAAAUCAGAGCAAGGAGGCAUUGCAGAGGAAACACCUGUUCCAACUGACUCACGCACAGCCCCCUGCCCUGCCGGUUUCAAGAAGUACCGCAAAGUCUGCUACAAAGUUUUUGACAUGGAAAAACCCUUUAUGCAAGCAUCUGCGACCUGUCUGUCUGUCGGUGGAGGAACCCUCGCUAUGCCUCGUGACGCCGACAUCAACGCUUUCCUUUUCUCCCUCAUCAAGGCGGCAGACUGCUAUAAAAACUACUGGUUUGGCUUACAUGAUCUGGUACAGGAAGGUAAGUGGGAGUGGGUGGAUGGUACUGACCUCGGGACCGGUAACUACAGUGCCUGGCGGGAGGGCCAGCCGGACCAGUGGGGGGACCAGGACUGUGCUAUGUACAGAGACGAUCGCUGGGUUGAUGGGGCAUGUCACUGGAAACACCCGUUCAUCUGUCAAGUCAUCCCAUAGAGCAGUACCCUGGAUGCCAGACUAGUAUCAAACUGCUAACCCUUUCCCUUCGGCAGCCAGAAGCCCUUCGCCCGCCCGUCUAAAU